CACAACCGCCAACUCUAAACAGUAAACAUAACCUACCUUUUUAUUUAUACGUUUACACUCUUUUCCCGCGUAGAAAAUGUAAUUAAGUGUUUUUGAACUAUUGCCGCAAUGAGUAUUGUACAGAGUCUAAUUGAUCAACAAAUCGGUCUUUCGAGAUUGACCAAUUACGAUUUGGCUAUUAAACGACUGUGGUGUGCGAAAGAUGAAGAUUUUUCUCGAAUUUUGCCGUACGACAAUUCGGAAUUCGAAGCCGCUGCCGACCCACCGAUUUUUGCUUGUAAAUUUGCCCACCUUAAAGGCUACCGGCAGAUUUACGCCCUUGCCAAUGAAGAAGGGCGCAUCGCAAUCUGUAAUAAAGAUACCAAAUCGCGCUUGGGCUGCAGCGUGCAUAAUAAUGCGAUUUUUGAUAUCGCGUGGAUGCCUAACGCGAUGAAACUGGUAACGGCAUCCGGUGAUCAUAUGGCUUCGCUUCUUGAUGUAAGCCAAGGUGGCGUGACAUGCGUGCGCAUGUUUCAGGGUCAUAAACGGUCUUUAAAAACGGUGGCUUGCUGUAGGGACGCCGAUUCGAUUUUUGCGACCGGCAGUAGAGAUGGACGGUUGAUAAUUUGGGACACACGAAUGGGGACGAACGAAUUUUUCGGUGUUACCGAUAUUUUGAUACCGCUAACACAUGUGCAACGCGUAUCCGGUAAAGUACGUGAGGUCUCGGCCUCCAGCUCCGUUACCGGUGUUAUUUUUAAAGACUGCAAUACUCUAAUUUCUUGUGGUGCAGGCGACGGAGUGAUCAAAGUUUGGGAUAUCAGAAAAACGUACUACUCUUUAGAUAAAAUCCCUACUCCAAAGUAUUCACUACCGUAUAGUGGGGAUACGUUACGGUAUGGCUAUAGUAAUUUAUUAAUGAAUUCUAAUGGCACAAAACUGUACGCGAGCUGCCUAGACAAUGCUAUUUAUGUAUACAAUUUAGCCACCUAUAAUCCGAAGCCUGUAAUGAAAUAUGUGGGCCACAAGAACAGUACAUAUUAUGUGAAAGCUUGUUUGAGUCCUGACGAUAACUACAUUCUAUCGGGAAGCAGUGAUCACGACGGAUAUAUCUGGAAUGUCAAGAAUUCAAAUCCUUUGGUAAAAUUAAGCGGACACGAUGCGGAAGUCACGUGUGUUGCGUGGUGUGAAGACAACAGCAAUGUUGUUAUUACAUGUUCGGACGAUUUAAGACAUAAGGUUUGGAGGGUUUGUGCGGAUGUGACCGAGAUAUCUGCGUCUGAGAAUAGCAAUCGUGCUGUAGAAGUAAUUGCCACCACCACAUCGCCAGCUCGAAAAUGUAAAUCAAGUCCGUUGUCCCUUAAUGUUGCCAAACGAAAGCACGAGGUUCUGGACGAUUUUCCAACACUGGAAUGUGAUGCAUCCAAACGAAUGGAGAAAUGUAUGAAAACGGACACGCCAAAUAAGAGAAAGCUUCUAACUGCAAUUGACCUGAACGUUUACGAAACGAAACCCUUGAAACGUUUUAAAUUUGACUUUACCUCGACGAAAGGCCAAACGCUUCUCGAUAACCUACCCAACUUCGUGAUGGACGGAUCCGCGCCUCAUUUAAAUAUAUCACCCGUCAAAAAACAAGAGAGGGACUGGCUGACAAAGUUACGACUGGAAAGACUACAGCUAACACAAGUUGAGGAACUGUCGAGGUCGAGCCCGUCGAAAAUUCCGAGAUUCGACCACGGUUCGAGCCCGAAAUCGAAAAAGUCGGAUGUCUUGCCCGUAUCGUCGUCGUCGUCGAAAAGCCCACUGCUGAGGUACUUUAAAGUGAAGAGUAAUCCAAAUCCGACUUGCCGGGCGAAAUCGCCCAAUUCCAUUUCUAUUUCUUCACAGUCUCAAUCGUCUCAGUAGUGAUUUUAUUAAUCUUUUAUUGACUAAGUCAACGUUGCACUUUAAAUUACUGAUCUCACUGUUUAUGUUCAAAUGUAAGUUUAAGUGUACAUAGUGAAUCUCGACAAAAUUUGAAUCUUUUAACUUGUGAAUUCUUCAUUAUUUAUAUUCUGUGCUGAUUCUCA